AAAAAAAAAAAAAAAAAUCUCCACUGGUGCUUAGACUGUGUCUCUCUCUUCUCCCAGAAAAAGCGCUGUAAAGUUUUGUCACUGAAGAGAGUAAACUCAUGUAAGAAACCGGAUGACGGAUAGCUUUGAAGUUGGAUUAGUGCGGCUGUCUUCUUUUUCGCUGUAACUGUGUUUUUAGAAACUUUGUACUGGUGGUUUUUAACGCGAAGUCCAAAUCUCCGGGAUUGCCUCUCAUCUCGAAGUUCCCGAAGAUGAACUUCGAUCCGGUGGUCGGGAAACUUUCUGUGUUGGUGGCAACACUUCUCAUUGGGCUGGUGUGUCACGGAGCAGAGCCUCCAGCAUCUCAGUGGUCCAGCGAUGAAUACAGAAACCUCACCCUUCGUCGACCCUGUGUGGAGAAUGAGCAGUACCUCCACCGGGGACUCUGCUGCCUCAACUGCCAGGCUGGAACCUUUGUGCAUAAGCCCUGUGAAAGAGACCAAGAACCAGGGAACUGUCUUCCCUGUGAGCAUGGACAGACUUACACAGAGCACUCCAACGGCAUGAACCGCUGUCUGCCCUGUACCCACUGCCGCUCAGAUGAGAUUGAAACUGCAUCCUGCACCACAACUACGGACACCAAGUGCCGGUGCAAACAGGGCACCUUCUGUGUACCAGAUCAGGCCUGUGAAGUCUGCAAACGUUGUGCCAAGUGUAAACCAGGAGAGGAAGAGGUGAAGAAGUGCACCCCCUUUUCUAACACAGUGUGUCGAAAACGAGAUCCGUCCCCUACUGAAACAUCCCCAGCCCUCCCCACACAGACCCCUUCUUCUUCAGCGGACAUUGUUAUCCCAAUAUGUAUUUUGGCCAUCAUCUUCCUCAUUCUUCUUAUUGGACUGGCUGUGUGGUGGUUUGUGAUCAGGCAGAAUUCAUGUGAAAUACCAUGUUCAAAGAGCCAUUGUGAUUCUGGUGAAAUUGUUAAGAUUCCUAUUGACGAGAGCGGAGCCACAGCAGAGGAGAGACAGAACAACCAGAAUGCAGGUCUGGAGGGAGAGGAGUCCCGCCCGGAGUCACGACCCCUACUGCAGGAGACCCAGGGUGGGAUAACUAAGCCUGCUACCCUUGAAGAUGAGGACCGAGGGCUAGGGGACAGUUUGCCCAACACCACCAGUUCGUCUCAAACUAGCCUGUCAGCCCUGCCCACAGCAGCCUCCUCUGGUAACACCCCACACCAGAGCCCCAAAGCCUGCAGACAGUCGGCUGCAGACAUGGAAGAUCCUCUGCGACAUCGAUUAGUGCCACUACAAGGCUCAGAAAAAUCCUUAAAGAAGAGCUUUGAUUUGUUUGAUGAGUACCUGGAUGUGCGGAUCCAUAACAAGUUCUUCAGAAUGAUUGGAGUCAGCGACAACCACAUUCGAAUUGCAGAGAACGGCACCCCUGGUGACAAAGUUUACGAACUGCUGAAGAACUGGAUGCAGCGGCAGGGACUAAAAGCUGACAUCAACGACCUGUUGGACACUUUGCUAAGUAUGGACCAGCGACGCUCAGCUGAGAUCAUCGCCUCCACAGCCCUGCAGAGAGGCUACUACAAGCACGCAGACACUCCCUGAAAAAGCUGAAGUAGCAGGGACCCGCAAGUGAAGUAAACACGCCUAAUCCAAGGAAAAACUAAAAGCACAGACACUUGUCAGUGGACACCGUGUCUCACGAACAGGCUUACCUCUUUGUGGCUGACCGGCCAUGUAUUCAAAAGCCAGUAGUUUUAAAAAGAAAAACACAAAAAAGGGGAAGGUCGAGUCGUAUUGAUCAGCACUCUGAGGAUGUUGACUAUCUGCCAAACACUGACGUGUAAUAAUGAACAUGAAGAAGACAACGUUUUGUGGCCAAACUUGGCAGUGUUACCGCCACAGAAGACCACAACAAUGUUUUCAAAAAGAGCAGAACAAAAUAUGAAGGUGUCAACGUCCACAGGCAGAAAUGGCUGAAUGUUUCAAGCCGUAAUGAAGCAACAUGCAGCCAAAUACUGAAAGCUUAGAAGUCUCUGGGCACGUGUCACUCGUCUGGUCCUCUACCCAGAUCACAGUACACUACCUGGAGACAAGGAUAUACACUGGUUUGUAGGAGUGGCAUUAGCUAUGUCACUAAUACUGUGCCUCUUUGAUGCACUGACCUCUGGCACAUGUAGGAUUUAAAACAAACAAUCAUGCUAUGUUUGGGGUUUUUUUGUUUGUUUGUUUUUUUGUAGAUUUAGGCUUCUCUGAAACCAUAGUAACAGUCCAUUUUCCUGACUAAUGAUAGGAAAAUAUUGUCCGUUUGUUACAGCAACAGUUACUGUGCAGCCUUACUAAUCAUAAACUUUACCUCUUCAAUGCCAUUUGAUAAUCUAAAUUUACUUAGGUGUAUUUUUUUCAUUAUGAUUUCAUUCACAGAGCAUAGUGAUUCAAAACAGAUUUUGUACAAUCGAGACGCAUUGUAGAAAUGUUUCUGUCCCGUAUUUUCUAUGUUCAGUGUUACUACUCAUACAUGACAUUGGAGAAGGAAUUUCACUGGCUGUUUCUGUUAGAACAGCUGUUAAUAGUUUAGUAAGAUGUUUCCAUAAUGUUUUCAAGUAACCUUGAAAACUUCAAAGGUCGUUUUUAUUUAUUGAUAUAUUUAUUGUAAUGAAUAAUAAUUAUCUUUUAUUAUUUAUACCAUUGACAAACGCGACCCCUGGAAAACAAGCACACUGUCUGUUUGUGUUGUGAUGAUGUUUAGCUUACAGGGCAAAAAUGACUGACAUCCAACUUUUCAAGGUGUGGUUGAAACUUGUAGUGUUUGUUCAACUCUGCACUGUGUGUUAGUGCAGCACCUGGGUCCACACUGUCGAUAUGUCAAUGUUACAUGUGCCAUUUCUUCCCAAAUUAGUUUCCAUUUAGACCACAUUCAUCACAGCGCUGAAGCUUUCUUGAGUCGAAUGUGUCCAAUUGACAUCGGUCCUAGAAAAUGGGGACUGACCUGUUGAGUCCAGCAGUUUUGGUGAAGGUGCAGGUACGGAAUGUUUUGUCUUAGUUAGACUCAGACAAGAUGAAGGAAACAUUUUCUGGAUUUAACAAGAAGCUCAAAUUUAUUGUCCCAAUGUCUAUCCCAUGUACAUACAAAUGUCCAGAGAGCAUUGAAGCCUCAUAAAAUGUAUAUGUAUAUAUGCAGCUCUAUUAACAAGCCAAAAUGAAUAUAGUGAGGUAUGAAGUUAUUGAGACAACAAACAUACAGACCAGAGCGGUUGCUGUUGUUGUGAAAUUUUAAACUAGAAUUUGCCCGUUUUCUGCAGUCUCUAAUGUAUAAAACAAAGAGUUACAGAGUUAUAUAUUAUUGCUGAGAGUGAUGCUACAGUGCUGGCACUGCCAUCUAUUGACAGACAAUGAAAAUACAGCCUGCAUCAAUUUCUAGGGACCCUAUACAGUACACUGCUUUCUCACUUAGCAUUCUCAUUUAACAUUUUUUUAACUCAUCUAUUUCUCAACUCAUACUCUUUUUUUUUUUUCUUUUACAGUUCUUCUCAGCCUUCCAAGUAGUAGCAGUGAAUAGGCUUCAGUGCAUGUUUGUGUGAGUGUAUGUCUCUUUUUAUAUACAGUUCUUUCUGUGUUUUUACCUUCAUAUAUUUCAUUGCAAGUCCUAACCUGUUCAAUUUACUUCCCCUGUGUAAAAACCUUCUGUUCAGCAUUACCAUUAAGCCAUUUCCCCCUUAGUUAUUGUUUGCUUGUCAUGGAUUUCAGAUUUAAAUUAUGCAACUACAGCAAAGCUGUUUUUAUGUCAAUUUCAAAUAAAUGUUUUGUACAGAUA